AUGCUUCCCUCUCCUUCAAAGAUCUCUACAUUCUAUCUCAUUGCCCUAUCUUCCCUUGUCCCACCAGCCACUUCCACAAACACCACUUCCGCCCCCAUAUCCACUCCCACAUCCACAAAUACAACAACACCAUGCUUCUGCACAACAUACCCGCAAAUCGCCCCCGCAAUUUCAGCCUGCCCCUCCCUAACCCUGCACAACAUCCACGCUCCCGCUCACAGCGCCAUCGCUCUCACGUCCCUCGUCCCCGGCACAACGAUCACGUUUUCCGGCACGACGACGUUUGCGUAUACUCCGGAUUCGCAGUUUCGCCCGAUCCAAAUCUCGGGAUCGGGUGUUAGCAUUCUGGGUGCGCCGGGAUCGGUUAUUGAUGGAGGGGGGGAGAUGUAUUGGGAUGGGCUGGGGAGUAAUGGGGGAUUAGCUAAGCCGGGUCAGUUUAUGAAAGUACAGAUUACAAAUCAUUCUACGAUGAGCGAUUUGUAUAUACGGAAUUAUCCAUCCCAUGGUAUAAAUCUCGCUGGUGUUAAGGACUCAAUCAUUGAAAAUAUCAUUCUUAACAACUCUCUCGGCGAUGCACCAAAUAACCGAAGCAACGGCCUUUCCGCAGCGCAUAAUUCCGAUGGCUUCAAUAUAGGAAAUUCUGCCAAUUUGGUGCUAAGAGAUAGUAAUGUGUGGAAUCAGGAUGAUUGCGUCGUUGUGUCUGACUCGACUAAUGUGAGUGUGAGUGGGAUGUUCUGUUCGGGCAGUCAUGGAUUAUCUAUCGCUGGAGGUGGAAGUGGGACAGGGCAUGAUAUAAGUAAUAUCUUGUUCAAGGAUUCAGUGGUAACGAAUUCUACAAACGGGCUGCGCAUCAAAACCGAUUUCAAUGCUACGGGUAGUGUGACAAAUGUCACGUUUGAUAAUAUCCGGCUUGAGGAUAUCAAGACAUAUGGCAUUGAUAUCCAGCAGGAUUAUCUUAACGGUGGACCAACGGGCACGGCAUCGAAUGGUGUUUUGCUUGGGGGGAUUACGUUUAGAGAUGUUGCGGGCUGGGUAGUGGAGGGGGCGAUGGAUUAUUACGUACUUUGCGGUAAUGGGAGUUGUAGUGACUUUGAGUUCGAGGGGGUUAGUGUAAAGGGGGGCAAUAGGAGUAGUUGCAAUUAUCCUGAGACGGGAUGUCCGGGGGUGUAG